UUCAGCAUUUAAAGGAAUUUUAGUGUCAUGAUUUAAAUUGAAAAAUCAAUAAAUUAUUUUAUUAUGUACCCCAACCUCUGACUCACAACUUUUCAAGUAAAAAAAAUACAAAACCAUCUCUCAAAGAUUCUUCAAAGUCAAUCAAAAACAUCUUUAUCAUUUGACCUUUCCUUCAGGAAAUAAAAUUCGUUGACUUUGCUGAGAGUAUUCAAAUUUUCGCACUUUGAUUGGGUAUAGUUUGAUAGACCAAAUCCGUUGACCACAUUUGUUAAGAAAAACAUAAUUUUCCUCCGCAAACUAUGCAGAAACCGUAAUUUAUACAGUCCAACACCCGUGGGACUGCCAAAACCAGUUUUCGGGUAAAGUUUUUGGAAUACUAACUUUGGCGGAAGGUUUUAGUUUCUAGCAAGUCUAGUCUGGCACGGUCCGGCGUUGCACGCACAACGUAUGAUAUUUGAGAUUUUCAAAAAUGAAGCACAAAGGAUUCGAUCUAGAAGUUUCUAUAGUGAGCUUAUGUGUGCACAUUUUGGGCCUUCUAGGACUGGGAGUCAACGGUCAGUACCUGCAGUCACCAUGUCCGAACAUCUUCACCUAUCAGCUGGAUCCGUCUUCGAGGGAAAUAUUUGGCUACGUCGAAAUUCCGGAUCUUCGCGUCGGCGAUGUGGCCAAGCUCAAUGUGGAACUUUCGAUUGCAGCCGAACUGACGAAAAACAACUACGGUUCCAUAGCGCUGAUCAAAACGCGUGAACAAACGGGCAAAGACAUCCUGAAGGGACUGCCGGCUCAGUACCGGAUAAACUUCCCACGGAGAGAUGUAAUUCCAUCGAUGAAGAUGAUCAAACUGAACGACAAGAUCAUUUGCAGUGGGUAUCGUGCCCAGGGUCGGUUGGUGACCACGGUCCGCUUGGCGCACACCCUGCAGAUCAAGUUCAAAACGGCGAGCAUCGUUACCCAACGGGUCAUCAACGGGGAGCGUCAGGUUCCGCAAAUCGGAACCGUGUCGAAUCAGUUUGAUGCUCUUACGAGGAUUCAACAGACUCCAGUGACGCUUCCAGUCAAUAAUAGGGUUUGUGGCAAGGCAGUGACCGAUAUUUCCGUUUCGUUGGCAAUCAACGGGAAGCGUUGCGAGCCGGGACAGUUCCCCUGGAUAGCGGCAAUCUACUACAGAAGUCCGCACCGGGGCGAAAAGCCGAUCUACAUCUGUGGCGCCACAAUCAUCAACCCGCGUCAUCUCGUAACCGCUGGGCACUGUGUCUUCCUGGCGGAUGAGCUGAUCCGGCCGGAGCGAUUGCUCACGGCGGUCGGAAUCCACAACAUUGACAACUUUUUCGAGGAAACGGCCGUGUUCUCCAACGUGAAGCAGAUCUUCCCACAUCCGGCGUACAUCGAUGAAGAUUCGCUGAACGAAGCCGACAUUGCCGUGAUACGCCUGGUUAAAACCCUCGUCUACACCCCGUACAUACUUCCAAUUUGCCUCUGGAAAGGCGACGACAGCCUGGAUAAGGUGGUCAACAUGGAUGGUCUGGUUGCGGGUUGGGGCGUUACCGAGAAGGGCACCACCGUAAUUCCAAAUUACUUCCGGGCGCGGAUCGUCAGCAAGCGGCAGUGUAGUGAAAAUUUGGGCCGGACGUACUCCCACAAUACGAAGAUCUUCUGUGCCGACGGGCUUGGUGCGGGACCUUGCAACGGUGAUUCGGGGUCGGGAUUCGUGAUGCGCCGAGGUGAUCAUUACUAUUUGCGGGGGUUGGUAUCGCGGGGGAGGGUUGAGCAUGAUACGUUGAAGUGUGACAUCAAAAAGUACGGAAUUUACACCGACAUUGCGCCGUUCCGGUUUUGGUUGAGAGAUACCAUUGAGAUUCCUAACUUUGGUUGAGAGGGGUUUCUGAAACCAUUUGAAGCUAUCAAGUGAUUGUGAAAUAACAGUGUUUGUUCGUGUUUAUGAAAAAUUUACUUUAUAAGGUUAAAAUAGAAUUAACUUUAAACCGAAUGAAAUUAGCUUUACAGAAUAAACUUGCUUACUGAAGCCAAA